UAGAGACACAAUAAGAGACAGAGACACAAUCAGAGACGGAGACACAUUCAGGGUCAGAGGCACAGUUAGAGUCAGAGACACAUUCAGAGACAGAGACAGAGACAGAGAUAAAGAGAGUCAGAGACACAGCCGUGGGAAGACAGUCCUUCGUAGACUCCUCAUUCCCUCCCUCUCAGGCCAAAUGCGGCUCCCAGCAAUUUCUCUGCUUGUGGCUGCUGUGUGCUUGGGCGUCCAGUCGGCAGACCCCUCCCAGUUUCUCCCACUGCCACUCAGAACACUACGAUACAGGAAUGUGGACAGCGCUCCUCCUCCUCUCCCGGUGGACGCUCCGGGUCUCCUUGCCUCCCGUCUGGAAGGAGACUCCCGCAGGCAGGCGGGAGAGCCCUACAACGUGAACUCCUUCGGCCUGCGGUUCGGGAAGAAGAGGGACACCCAGAUCAGCUGGAUCUCGUCCGGCCUGCGCUCCGGGGGGAAGAGGGGGCGCCCGGAGAGGGGGGAGGCGUAGCGGGGCGCCGGCCCGUUCCUCGUCUUCGUCCCCGUGUUCCCCCUGUCCCGGCCGGAAGAGGGCGGGGUCCUUCGGCCUGUGCCCUGCUCUUCCCUCUCGGAGUGGGCGU